UUCAUCUCCACCAAUGGACUAUAGAAAUGCACCUGAGAACUGCAAGGAGCUCCCUGUGUCCUGCUCUGACUCCAAAUCUCUACCAUCGUCUAUAUCUAGUACUGACUCCUUGAGUGAACAGCGGACUGGGGCGACUCUGGGGAGACCAGCAGCCGCAAAUGCAGCCCGAGAGCGGAGCCGAGUGCAGACUCUGCGCCAUGCCUUCUUGGAGCUUCAGAGAACAUUGCCCUCUGUGCCUCCUGACACCAAACUGUCCAAGUUGGAUGUGCUUCUCCUGGCCACGACCUACAUCGCUCAUCUCACCCGUAGCCUGCAGGAUGAAGACGAUAUGCCUGGAGAGGGCUUGGGCACAUUGAGAGGGGAUGGCUACCUGCAUCCAGUUAAGAAAUGGCCAAUGCGAUCAAGACUAUACAUUGGAGCCUCUGGACAGUUUUUGAGUCAUUCAGUGCAAACAGAAAACACAAAUCAAGGAGAAACCUCAACCAAUGUACAAAUGUAAACCUGUGUUUUCUCUUGAAAAGAGUUGUAUUUAUUAUUCCAGAUAUAUUUAAAUUCAUAUACACCCUCCAACAAUGCCAUUUCCCCCAUUCCUAGGUUGACCGGACACUAUCUAAAAUAAGGUGGUAUUCUGAAACUUAGAAAUUGCUCAGAUAUUAGGUUUAUUCACAUUCAGAAACAGUCUGUUCAGAUAUACAGUAGAGUGUUGCCCUUUUGUUUCAUCAAUUUCUGCAGUUUCCAAAAUGGCAAAAUAUAUUCUUAAUUAU